CUGAGCAGUAAAGAGUCCAAAGAAAUUUUCACUAUGGAUUUCAAACAGUUAAUAAAAUUGACACUGUUGUAUCUAUGUAGUGGUAAAAUUUUGAGGUUACCUGAUUGUGGAAAACUGGAUGCAGCUUGGACUAAAUUCUAUUACGGAAAAAAGCUUAAAGGUUGUCUUUAUUCCAUAAUUUCGGAAGCUACCUUUCAAGACUGCGCAAUCAAAUGUGCAUUGUACCCAAAAUGCGAAAGUAUAAGUAUGAAUGAUCACGAACGAUUGUGUAUGUUGCAUCAUAGCCGACAUAACGAAAGUGGAAUCACAUUCGAAACAGCGGAAGGUUGGACACAUAUUGAAACUGAUAACGAAAUCCAAAAUCUUGGACCGUUUUGUGCAACUCACAAGCCAUGCCAAAAAGGGCAACAAUGCGAAGACACAUGCCAUUCGCCACAAUACAAAUGCAAGUUCAGAGAAAACAAGUGGAUCCUACAAGCAACGGAUAUGUGCUUUGGUGCAAAAAACGACAGUUAUGGUAAGUUUACCAUAAGCCAUAACGGCAGACUUGUUUCGCUAAAAUUCCGACAUAAAAGAGGAACAGUAACUUGUAAUAAUGAAGAUAGUAUAGUUGGAUCACGCUGGGGAUGUUGGAAAUUUCCGAAAACUAUUUAUAUUUCCAUCACUACUGAUAAAAACCAAACAGUAAUUUCGAAAGACGUUGUUAAUGAAACAAAUUUUAAGUACAACCUCCCUGGAUUCGAUGGUAAUUCACCAGUCCUCAUAAUAACUGGCUAUAAUCAAACAGUGCAAACUGGUGAAGAACUGCGGGUCUGGUACAAUCAAGAUUUAAAAGAUCAUUCCGAAGAAAACAACGAUGGAAUAUCAUGCGCUGAUGUAUACGCUGUAUUUUCUGACUAAUGUUCGUUCGUGCGUCAGAACCAGGAUAUUAUUAACCAAUUUUUAUUUAAUUUUUGCCAAAAUGAUAUUGCACAAGGUUGCACAUUUAUGUAAUUUAUUCACUGUAUUGUCCCGAUUGGAAAGAUGGAUAUACUGUACCAUUUUCGUUAUAAAAAAGUUUUGCAGCUACAUUAUUUUCAUAUUCCUAAUAAAGAACACAAUUGCUUUGUCAACAUAAAUAAACCAAUUAAUACCUGGGUUGGCGGGCAAUAACUAACUCAAACAAUGUGAUUAGUUAAAAGGCGUUUAAUUACUGCACAGCCAGUUUAUUAUUCGCCAGUAAUGCACG